CCAUAAUCCGCACACAAUUACGAGUAAAUGUAUUCAUUCCUUGCUCUUCUCACUUACUACAAUUGCCCAUUUUUUCCUUCUCUGAGAGAUUUGUGAUUAAUGAAGAUGACGGUCAGUUCAGAAAGCUUGCGAUAUUCGCCGUCACUGCCGCCCACACAGAAAGAGAACUGCAUGACUAAGCCGUUGUCUCUCUCGGGACCGACCCAGGCUGACAAUCGGAGGACCCAGGAAUUGAAGCAGUUUUUGGAAGAUGCCGGCCUUUAUGAGAGUGCAGAGGAGACUGCCAAGAGAGAACAUGUUCUUUCCCGCCUGAAACAGAUUUUGAAGGACUGGGUCAAAGGGGUUUCUCGCUCGAGAGGGUUCAGUAAUCACAUGGCUGAGGAUGCGAAUGCGGCUCUGUUCACUUUUGGUUCAUACCGGCUUGGGGUUCAUGGGCCUGGAUCAGAUAUUGAUGCACUUUGUGUUGGUCCUUCAUAUGUGAACCGGGAGGAAGACUUCUUUUUUGGGCUGUACAAUGUUCUUUCAGAGAUGGAAGAAGUCACUGAAUUGCAAGCAGUGCCAGAUGCUCAUGUACCAGUUAUGAAAUUGAAGUUCGAUAAUGUAUCAAUUGAUCUGCUGUUUGCUAGUAUUUCCUUACUGGUUGUGCCUGAUGAUUUGGACAUAUCCAAUGUGUCUGUGCUGUACAAUGUUGAUGAGCCAACUGCCCGAAGCCUAAAUGGGUGCAGGGUUGCUGAUCAAAUUCUCAAGCUUGUUCCAAACGUUGAAACUUUCAGGAUAACUCUGAGAUGUGUGAAGUUCUGGGCUAAGAAGCGUGGGAUUUAUUCAAAUGUGAUUGGGUUUCUUGGUGGAAUCAAUUGGGCUCUUCUCGUUGCUCGGGUUUGUCAGCUGUAUCCCAAUGCAUCUCCGAGUAUGCUUAUUUCUCGUUUCUUCCGCGUAUACACUCUUUGGAAAUGGACGAAUCCCGUUAUGCUUUGUGAGAUAGAGGAUUUUGGGCAUGGAUUUUCAGUAUGGGAUCCUCGUAAGAACCCCUUGGAUAGAACACAUCAGAUGGCAAUUAUAACCCCAGUCUACCCAUGCAUGAAUUCCAGCUACAAUGUCUCCGCAAGUACACUUCGGGUUCUGACAGAAGAGUUCCAGCGUGGUAACCGGAUAUCUGAGCAAAUUGAGCUAGAUAAAGUUCAUUGGAGUAAUUUGUUUGAGGCAUUCUUGUUCUUUGAAAACUAUAAGAGCUUUCUGCAAAUUGAUGUACUUGCAGCAAACAUGGAAGGGUUGCUUGUUUGGAAAGGCCGGGUUGGGUCCAGGAUCAGGCAGUUGAGUUCAAUGGUAGAACGAGACACAAAAGGGAAGUUACAAUGCCAUCCACAUCCCCAGGAGUACAUAGAUCCUCUUAAACAAUGCGCCCAUUGUUCCUUCUUUAUCGGGGUGCAGAAGAAACAAGGGGUGGUCAUCGAAGAGGCAGAGCAAUUCGAUCUCCGCGGCACAGUUGAUGAGUUUCAACAUAAGGCGGGAAUGUAUGCUUAUUGGCAACCAGGGAUGGAAAUAUGUGUAUCUCAUAUUCGCAGAAAGCAGAUCCCUCCUUAUGUAUUUGCAGAGAAGCAAUCCACAUCAGGUGAUAAGUGUUUGAAGAAGAGAAGGGAGCAUGGAGUUGCAGAGGAGGAGAACAAGAGUAGAAACAAAAGACAACAUGUUGGUUCCCAAAAGGCGGAUACAGUUUCUCCUGAAAUACUUGCCAGGCAAAGAAGUGGCAACAGAUUAUGUCAAGCUGGAGGAGAAUUAGCUUCAAGAGCAUUUUCAAGUAUGCUGGCCAUGAAAUGAAACAAUUUGAUGUUAUGAGAUUGAAGCAAUGUAGUGCUCUCUAAGUAAUCUGGAGUAUUAAAAGAAAGCUCUUUGGCUAAUGUGUGCAUAUCGCAUGCACCGGUGGAAGACGGAGAAUUGGAGGUUGCAAUGCUAAUUCACCCAAUGAAUAGUGCAAGGACUGAUUAUGCAGUGCUCGGAAGCUGCACUCAAUGAAUUCUCAUUUGUGGAUAGUUCAAUACCAAAUACACGAACUGCAACUUCCCUACAAACGAGUACAGUCUCAUUUACCAUCGCCCCUCUAAAUGAAGAGUAUCCCUGAGGGCCUGAGGGUCUUCUCUAUACCAAGGAAGCUUGAAUGCCCUAUGGUGCUUCCCAAAGGAAAUGAUCUUUGCUGGUUUUCAUGCAACUGGGAGAUUCACUAAAAAAUUGACAGAAUUUUCACUUGGCUAGGCAGGGAGUGGACACUUCAAAGUGAUGCUGUCAUAUGCUUCAGGGUUGCAUUCCGAUUAAGUUUACAUUAUAGCAUGCACCUAUAAUACCAAAGGGAGUGGAAAUUCAAGCACAGAGAAAUCAAGCAAUUUUGAGUGAGUAAAAAUUGUCAUUCUGGGCUUCUGGCUAUCACAUUAUACUUUCCAGGUAGAAGACAACACUUGAAAGAGCUGUUUUAAGGAUGAAAUAGAGGAGAGAUUAUUAAAGUGUUUCUACUAUUGUUUUAGUGGUUGACUGGUUGUCUUUGUGACUUUUUCUCUGAGCAUAUUGCUUCUGCUGGAGAUAUAUGGUGCUCAUAGUACGUGUAGGAUUUUAUCAAGUUCAAGAAUGAAGCAUUGAAUAUUCUCUAAUGUUUGCAAGUUUCACAC